AUUUCUGUGCCAAACAUGCCGCCGACACCGCAGUGCCCAUGCCGGUGUAACAACCGGAUGUGGACGUGGCAAUACAACCGCUAUGCUUCCGGUAUACGUAUCCGCGAACGGCGAGAGCAAGGAAGGGAAUUAACGGAGACAUCUCUCCGGGGCAAGAGAGACCCGAGACAUAACACUGGAAAGUAUCCAGACUGCUACGGGCAACCAAAACCGAGCCAGGACGAGGUACAAACGCCUACUGGGUCCGCUCAUCACGACUCCGAAACCAGUUUCAGGUUUAGGGAUGAACUGAGAAUGAGCGUCAACCAGCAACCGCACAUGGCCUCUCCGUACGGACAGCCUCCCCCUGGGUACCAGGGAUAUCCCCAGCCUGGCUACGGGGGACAGCAUGUGGCAGGGGGCUACCCGACCCAGUACGCGCCUUACAAUGGUCCCGCCUCCGCCUACCAGCAAGGAGCUCCGCCCUCAGGAUGCUCUCCUUAUUCAAGCUUUCCCUCUAAGGCUCUUGUUGCAAAUUUAGCCGCUGACCUGUCCUCUGCUCCUCCUCUCAACUUAGGUUCAGUCCAAGCACCCCCUGUUUCCAGGGCUCCCCCUGUGUCAGCCCCCCAGGCCUACAGUCAGUACGGGCAGGGAGAUGUGCAGAACGGCCCCCCCUCCGCAACCAACCAGCCACAGAGGCCACCAGUGUCUCAGCCUUACACCCCAGCUCCGAUGGCCACUGCCGUUACCCCGGCAACGUACCCUCAGCAGUACGGCGCUCCGCCCACAAGCACACAACAACUGACCAAUCAGAUGAUGGGCAUGCAAAUUGAGUCCACCGCACCUUCCCCAGCUGGAACCGGAUACGCUCCGCCUCCCACCUCCGCUGCCUUCUCCUCGUCUGCCCCGCCGACUUUCGCCCCUCAAUCCGCCCCGCCCCCCUCCUCACAGCCCCCGUCCAGUGCCAUGACAGCUCCGCCCUUCUAUGGCGGCCCGCCCCCCCCGCCGGUCUCGCAGCAUUCGUUUGCCCCCGCAGCGCCGGGGCCCCCUCCUCCGUCGUCACAGCACCCGUUCUCCAAAGCCCCGCCUCCCGCCUCUCAGCCCUCCUACCCCGGGCCCCCACCCCCGUCCCAACCCCCUUACGGCGGGCCACCCCUAACAGCCCCUCAGGGCCAGUACCGCACCGCUGCCCCGCCCCUCCAGCCUCCCGUCUCCCAGCCCUCCGCGUUCCACUCCGCCCCUCCCCCCGCUGCUGGGUUUCCACCACCAGGGGGCGCCGUACCCGGGAUGCCGGGGGCGCAGGGACCCCCUCCCCCUCCCCAGUCCGCUUCGGGACCCCCUGUGUCCCAGUACAGCCACGUCUCCCAAGGGCUGCCCUCCGGCCCUACGGGAAUGCAGGGGCCCCCCCCACGACAACCAGGGCUCCAGGGCUACCAGCCACAGCAGAACGGUGCUUUUGGGCAGACCGGGGGGCCCCAGCCUGGCUAUGCAGGACCCCACCCCAGCCAGCAGGGUUACGGGGGCCAGCCCAUGGCCCCCGCCCCGGCUCCACCGGCCCCGAAACGGCUGGACCCUGACUCCAUCCCGAGCCCGCAGUCGUCCGAAAUGCCACCUGUGCAAAGGACGCGGCAUAGAAUAGACCCAGACGCUAUUCCUAGCCCAAUCCAGGUGAUUGAGGAUGACAAGGCCAGCAAGGGCAACGAACCUUUCAUCACAGGGGUCAGGGGUCAGGCCCCACCGCUUGUCACCACCACUUGUCAGGUCAGAGAUCAAGGGAACGCCAGCCCCCGCUUCGUCCGCUGCACCGCCUACAGCGUGCCCUGCACCUCCGACAUGGCCAAGCAGUCCCAGGUGCCCCUGGCCGCCGUCAUCAAGCCGCUGGCCGCGCUCCCCCCGGACGAGGCCCUGCCCGACCCUGUCGACCAUGGCGAAGGCGGUCCAAUCCGCUGUAACCGCUGCAAGGCCUACAUGUGCCCCUACAUGCAGUUCAUCGAGGGGGGGCGGCGGUUCCAGUGCGGAUUCUGCUCCUGCGUGACAGAAGUGCCUCCCCACUACUUCCAGCACCUGGAUCACACAGGGAAGCGUGUGGACUGCUACCACCGGCCAGAGCUCUCCAGGGGCAGCUAUGAGUUCCUGGCCACUGUGGAGUACUGCAAGAACAACAAACCGCCUCAGCCUCCAGCCUUCAUCUUCAUGAUUGACGUGUCAUACAACGCGGUCAAGACCGGCGUGGUCAGCCUGGUCUGUCAGGAGCUCAAGACGCUGCUCGACUGCCUGCCCAGGGAGGAGGAAGACGAGGAGUCGCCCGUCAGGGUGGGCUUCGUCACCUACAGCAAGGUGCUGCACUUCUACAACGUGAAGGGCUCUCUGGCGCAGCCGCAGAUGCUGGUGGUCUCCGACGUGGCCGACGCCUUCGUCCCCCUGCUGGACGGCUUCCUGGUGGGCGUGGCCGAGUCCCGGCCGGUCAUCGAGAGCCUGCUGGACCAGAUCCCAGAGAUGUUUGCCGACACGCGGGAGACUGAAACCGUGUACGGGCCGGUCAUUCAGGCCGGUUUGGAGGCCCUGAAGGCUGCAGACUGCGCGGGCAAGCUCUUCAUCUUCCACUCCUCCCUGCCCAUCGCCGAGGCUCCUGGGAAACUCAAGAACCGCGACGACAAGAAGCUGGUGGGCACGGACAAAGAGAAGUCCCUGUUCCAGCCCCAGGUGGGUUUCUACGGCAACCUGGCCAAAGAGUGCGUGGCGCAGGGCUGCUGCGUGGACCUCUUCCUCUUCCCCAUCCAGUACGCCGACGUGGCCACGCUCGGCGCGGUCCCCGCCUCCACCGGCGGCUCCGUCUACAAAUACACGCACUUCCAGGCGCAGACGGACAGCGAGCGGUUCCUGAACGACCUCCGGCGGGACGUGAAGAAGAACAUGGUCUUCGACGCGGUGCUGAGGGUGCGGACCAGCACUGGUAUCCGGGCAACAGACUUCUUUGGCUCCUUCUACAUGAGUAACACCACGGACGUGGAGCUGGCGGGUCUGGACUGUGACAAGACGGUGACGGUCGAGUUCAAACACGACGACAAGCUGAGCGAGGAGACAGGCGCUCUCAUGCAGUGCGCCGUGCUGUACACCAGCUGCAGCGGGCGGAGGCGUCUGCGCGUGCACAACCUGUCCGUCAACUGCUGCUCCCAGCUGGCCGACCUGUACCGCAACUGCGAGACCGACGCCAUCAUCAACUUCCUGGCCAAGUCCGCCUAUCGCAGCGUGCUGAGCAGCCCCAUUUCAGCGGUGAGGGACAGCCUGAUCAACCAGUGCGCCCAGAUCCUGGCCUGCUACCGCAAGAACUGCGCCAGCCCCUCCUCCGCAGGACAGCUGAUCCUCCCCGAGUGCAUGAAGCUGCUCCCGGUCUACCUGAACUGCGUCCUGAAGACGGACGUGCUGCAGCCCCGGGCCGAGGCCUCCCUGGACGACCGCGCCUUCCUGCGCCAGCUGGUCGGCUGCGUGGACGUGGCCGAGAGCCACGCCCUCUUCUACCCCCGCCUCCUGCCCCUGCAAAAGCUGGACGUCGAGAGCGAGGCGUUGCCGGUGGCGAUCCGGGCCUCGGAGGAGCGUCUCUCGAAGGGCGGGGUCUACCUGCUGGAGAACGGCCUGCACCUCUUCCUGUGGGUGGGGGCCGCCGCGCCCCCGGAGCUGCUCCAGGGCAUCUUCGGCGCGCCCGCCUUCGGCCAGAUCGACCCCUCGAUGACGUCGUUGCCGAUUUUAGAUAAUCCUUUCUCGAAGAGGUUGCGAGACGUCAUCGAGUCUUUUCGAGAGCAGCGGUCGCGAUACAUGAAGCUGAUGGUGGUGAAACAGGAGGACAGGAUGGAGGCGGUCUUCAAGCAGUUCCUGGUGGAGGACAAGAGCAGCAACGGCGGGGCGUCCUACGUGGACUUCCUGUGUCACAUGCACAAGGAGAUCCGGCAGCUGCUGAGCUAGGAUACGACCCCCGCCCCCCCGCCACCCCGCCAAAACCCCAGCUCACUUCCCCUCACCCCCAGCCCACAACCAACCACAGACUGGCCUGUCCUUGGGACUCAAUGUGAAUGACCUCUUCCAGUCCCCUGAAUGACCUCUUUCCCCUCCCUUCUCUGCUUCUCAUUUCCAAUCCCUCUGAAGGACAGAAAGAUGGAGCUCUCCUGAAUGGACAGAUAUCUUUAUCCUGCCAGGAUCCUUAUCCAGUUUCUUUUGGGGGGGUUUUUUUUUUUCUCUCCACUCUGUGAAGCCAGGCAUCAGUCUCAAACAAUCCAAACGCCUGCUGUAUGUAGCCGUGUAAGUGUGUAUGCACUGCGUGCGUGCGUUCGCGUGUGCUUGAAAGUGUACGCGUGAACGUCGCACUCUGUGGUGGUGCUGUAGUCCACUGUUCACAAAUCCAGGUUGAGAGUAUCCCCGUUCUGUUCCUGACUACAAAAGGAGCAGGUCAAGGGUCAUUGGUGGAGAAGGGAGCACGGGGAAAGGUGGUUAAGGUUGGGCAAGUAUAUAAGCAGCACGUGUUGGACGAGACUGAAUUCCGAUACUUAUUGUAACCAGUGUUCUUUCAAAAACACUAGCACUGGAUGAAUGAACGAAUGAACAAACGGAUGAACGAGUGAAUGAAUGAAUGAGUAAAUUUAUGAAUGAUUGAACCUCCCUUCCCUCUAUCCAACCCCAUGUCUAAGACACUGGUAUCCUUGAUUGGAAGUGCUUGAAUUUUUGUACAAAUGGUGAAAAAUGACUUUAGACCUAACAAAUAUUAAAAGUGAUAAACCAAAAAAGUGAUUUAUUCCAUUUUUAUACUUCUGCCGUGUUCUCACCCUCCAUCCCUUCUCUCUCUCCCUUUGUCUAUUCAGCUUCACUUACUCUGUCUGUCUAUCUUAGAAUCCUCUGUAUUUUCUUUUUUUUGUUGCAGUGCAACAUGCUCGUAAGCAUAAAGGAUAUCGGAAUAACCCUCAUUCAGUGAUUAAAACCGUGUGGAAGUGUUGCUAUUCAAACAAUGUGUAAAUACACUGCAUGCAUGAAUGAAGCACUUACAGUAGUAUGCUUUAGGAUAAAGAGUUUCAGCACAAUCGUAUCAUAAAGGGAUAGUUCACUUUGUGGAGUUUUUUAUGCUGUUCAAGUUUAGUGUAUGUUUCCGAGAGGUUUUUGUGUGCAGUGAAGGAGAUUUUAGAUACACAGGUUUCUGAAGAUCUGCUGGCUUAAUUAUAGCUGGCAUAGGGGCUUUCACCCCUGUUUAAAGCAAAUAAAAUGCUCUUAAUCUAAUUCCUAAGCAGCUUGUGCUGAGGCAUUGUGUCUCCGGAUGCUGUAUGUAUGAACACAGUCAUUUCUAUGUAUUCACAGUGUAUUAUUGUGCUGGUACUUGUUUAUUUGAGAACGGCAGCCUCUGGAUUCAUACGCCUCAGGAAAUAGUUCCGCCCUAAAAUAAGAUCAAACAUAGUUCUUUGAAAGAUUACCAGGUAAUUAUAAAAUAACUUCAGGGGGGCAUGAUGUCGCAGCACAAAAUGCUUUGGAGUUAUUGAAGUGUAUUUCCUUUCUUUGAACCACAAAACUCACAAAAGUCCCUACACCAGCCAUUAUGCCAUUAAGUCCCAGGUUGUCAGAAAACUCACACUCCUUCACACACACAAAACUGUCUGGGCCAAACAAUAACAUACACCAAAACUGGAAUGGGGAAACUCCAAAAAGUGAACCAUCAUUUCUAAGUUUUCACAGACUGCACAGUCCAUUUGGACAUUUUCAGACUACUAAACGGGAUAAUGAAAGGUGUUUUACUUUUGAAUUGUAAUAACCUUGCGAUGUGAUUGCUGUUGAAUCACAAAAUGGCAGGACCGAAACGGCUCAUUUACAUUUGUGAAUGUCAGCCACAGUGGCAUAUUUGCCCGGACAUUUAAAGUUGAUUGCCAAUAUAGUAGCAUAACUUUCAAUCUCGCUCGUUCUUCUUAACGUUUCGGUUGAGUGGACGGACUGUGCUGCAGUACGGCUCAUGCAUACUUAGCUGGUAUUCAGGUGAAGCAUCUCUCUGGUUUGCUCGAAGUAGUCAUCCCCAAAAAAUGUAUAAUUUUUUUUAAUGUAUCAUUUUUUUAGCAACACUAUUGUCUCGCUGUACAGUACUGUUACUACAGUAUUCGGUUAAAAGCCGUGUUAAACAAGCGUGGCAUCGUUAAAUGUGUUAAUAAAAUGUACCUGCGGUUUAUGAAAUAGAUUUUCUUUACUCAGAUUUGUUUGUUCCGCUGUUAUUUUUUACACAGACUUUUAUCAUUAAUGAUAUUUUGCUAGGAUAAAUUUGUUCAAGACUAAUGCUAUUCUUUCAAAUGGGUUGCACUGAUGUUACUGAUGUGCAAAUGAGCGAUAAGAAACUAGCUGGGAAGCCGUGUUCUGUGCAUCCUGAAGUUUCCUGUUCGAUCUGGCUGUUUGAGCACAAUAGAUACAGGCCUACGCAUCGCUUGUGGGGGUGAGGUGGGGGUGGUCUGGCCUGGGAAUACCCUGCAGCAGCAGCAGCAGCAGCAGCAGCAGCAGCAGCGCAGUCGAUGAGAAGCUGGAGGGAUCAUCGCUACAGGGGGUUUUGUAAGGGUGCUUUGGGGAGGCGGGUAGUGCUGGUCUGCCCCGCCCCACUGAAUUAAGACAUAUUCUUUUGUGGAUAUGUGAUUCUAUCCCAGUUGUGCCGAUUACCCCUGGCUUUGGUUAGUGAACGAGCCCUUCUUUUUGUGUGUGUGU